AUGUCGGAGGUGGAGGCAGUGGUCCGUUAUGGGUUCCACUCCAACGCCUUUCCCACAUCGCUGGGCUCCAUCCGGCACAUGGGCUGGGACUGGGGAGAUGGCUCAGGCCGUGCAGCUUGGACCAGGCGCGCGCCCCUCCCCCUCGUCCCUUUGCCGCGGUCGCGAAGCCCCGAGCCGGCGGAAGCCCGGUGCUCACCACGUCGGUCGGUCGCGCUCAGCAACAGGCUCCAAGGAGGGAAAGCGCUCGGUUUGCUCAAAGCCCGGCAGGAGAGGAGGCUGGCCGAGAUCAACCGGGAGUUCCUCUGUGACCAGAAGUACAGUGAUGGAGAGAACCUGCCGAAAAAACCUGCAGCCUUUAAAGAGAAGUACCUGGAGUUUGACCUGAACGAUGAGGGCAAGACUGAUCUGAUGUCUUUAAAGAGGACGAUGGAGAAGCUCGGGGUCCCCAAGACGCACCUGGAGAUGAAGAAGAUCUCGGAGGUGGCGGGCGGUGUCAGCGACACAAUCUCCUACGGAGACUUUGUGAACAUGAUGCCGAGGAAACAGUCGGCGGUCCUCAAGCUACUCAUGAUGCUUGAAGGAAAAGCCAACGAGAGCAGCCCCCAGCCAGCGGGCCCCCCUCCAGAGGGGCACUGCCUGCCCGCCCCGAGGACGCCCGCCCCGAGGACGUCCGCCCGGGCCGGCCCCGCCUGGAGGACCCCCGCCCUCCCAGAGGACCCCUGCCCCCGAGGACCCCCGCCCGGGCCGGCCCCGCCUCCCCGCUCGGCUCCUCCCUCCUGA